AUGAAUCUAUUUUCGGUACCGUUCAGUCACAGCUGGGAAUUCAAUUGUCAAAAUUUCAACGUCAUCAUAUCCUUGGCACGUGCUUCAACAGUUUUCUUUGAUGGAACUGAAUAUCCGUACUGGAAGACCCACAUGCAACUAUUCAUUGAGUCCUCAAACUAUAAACUGUGGGACAUCAUUGAAAAUGGCAACAUCAUUCACAAAGAUGAUGUUGGAGAACCUAUAAAGAAAGAUCAACUAACAGAAGCACAACGCAAAGACUAUCAACUCAACGCUAGAGCAAAGCUGUUCCUGUUAUGUGCUUUGAGCAAAUCUCAGCUGGACAAAGUUGAUGGUCUAGCUACAACCAAAGAAGUCUGGGAAGCUCUAGGACUUGCCUAUGAAGGUACAGCAAAUGUCAGACAAGCCAAAGUGAGCUUACUUGUGGCUGAAUAUGAAACCUUCAAGAUGAAGGAAAAUGAAAGCAUUGAUGAUAUGUUUGGAAGAUUCCAAACCAUCGUUAACGGUCUUAGGAAUCUUGAUCGCAAAUAUGAAAAUGUUGAUCAAAUCACAAAGAUUCUAAGAUGCCUUCACAGGAGAUGGAGACCCAAAGUCACCGCUAUUCAAGAAGCUAAAGAUCUCAGCACAUUGAGACUGGAAGAUCUCCUCGGAUCUCUAAAGGUUCAUGAAAUAGAACUGGCUAAUGACGAAGAACUGAAGAAGCUGAAGAACAUCGCCUUCAAAGCAAACAGUUCAAAAUCCAUUCAAACAAAGGAACAAUCUGAAGAAGAAGAAUCCUCAGAAGAAUUGUCAGAGGAUGAAAAAGCUCUCUUCAACCGGAAGUUCAAGAGAAUGUGGAUCAAACAGCAAAAAGGAAAAGGAACAUCAAGGAAAGACAACAAACGAGAAUCAAGCAUGAAAAAGAAAUCUUUCACUCACAAAGGUGAAGGCGGCUCAAAUAUAGACAAGAGCAACAUUACAUGCUUCGAAUGCAAAAAGCCAGGUCACAUCAAGCCGGACUGUCCAAGACUAGCGAAAAAGUCAAUCAAGAAACCAUUCUACAAGAAAAAGAAAUCCUUAGCAGCCGGAUGGGAUGACUAUGAGGACGGUUCAGAAGAUGAUGAUGAAGAUGAAGAUGAAGAUGCACUCGUUGCUCUCAUGGCAUCUGCAGAAAGUUCAAACGAUGAAGAGGAUGGUGAGAAACAGUUUGCUAAGCUACAACUAGAGCAUGAAAAAGUGUUGACAGAAAAGAACCACAUAGUUAAAGAAAACACUGCCUUAAAGGAACAAGAUUUCGUUAAGGAAGUAACUACUUUGAAGAAAAGAAUUAAAGUUUUAAUAGAUGAUUUAUCUACAUACACAAUUGGUCAUGAUAAUCUAGUUAAACUGUGCGGCAACAGUCGCGAACUGCAUGAUAAAAGUGGAUUAGGUUUUGACAAUGAAUCAGCCUCAUCUAGUGAAAACAUGUCUGACAUAUCCUUUACAUCAUCUGAGUCUGGUCAAACUAAGUUUGUUGUGAACUGCAAAAUUGAGCGAGAUGAAAGGAAAACUUCUUAUGAAAAGAAGGUUCCUCCUAAAAAUGCUACUAACCCUUCAGGACCCAAGAAAAUCUGGGUACCUAAAAAGUCAAUUAUCUCUGUUGCAGACUUAUUUAACAGAAUGAAGGAAACGCCAACAAUGUGUAGUGUCACUGAUACCGAUGACAAGAUCAUCGUUGAAGCUUAG